AUGUUUCCAGGUCACAACAGACAGGAAGGUUUGUUGCGUCUAAGACGGAUGCUCAAGGAGCCGUAUGAUUUUUUCAGCUGGCAGUGUGCCAACAGCCAGUUUGCACUGGUGUCUAUGGAGCUCAGCACUGCCCCCAUCAGGGAGGCAGGAUACUGCCUGCCUCCCCCAGUGCAUUUUCACUCAGAGUUUAUGGCCCCUCAGAAAGACUACAUUUUGAAUGUGUGCAGCGCUGCUCUGCGAGAAUGGAGGCAGCUCUCAUCUCUGUUUUCCCUCUCGCUUCUGCAUAUGUAUUUGAUCAGGGAACAGCGCUAUAGAAAAGAUCUUGUCUUCUUCUUCCCUAAUCCUUCUGGUGUUUGUGUUGUGGCUUUCUCUUCUACAGCCCUGUUAGAUGUCAUACUGACCAGCACAGACUGUUUGGUGGCUGGAGACUUGUGCUCGAGUGAUGAGGCGUGUAGUCCACGUCUACGAACUUUGCGUCAGUGUGUGGCUGGUAAUGGCAGCAUGAAGCUUGGUCCAGGCGCCAGGAGCCAAUGUGCCAAGGCGGUGUCCGCCCUUCUGUCCAGCCCCUUGCAUGGCUGUCAGUGCAAACGAGGAAUGAAGAAGGAGAAGAACUGCCUGAGCAUCUACUGGAGUCUUCAUCAGUCUACUGUACAUGGACUUAAUCUUGUGGAGCGUUAUCCCUAUGAGACAGUGCAGAGGGAUUACGAUUAUGUCCGUUUAGCAUCUAUCACAGCAGACACGGAUGUGGGCAUGACAACCGUAAAUCGCUGCCUGGAUGCAGCCAAGGCUUGCAAUGUGGACGACUUGUGCCAGAAGCUUCGCACAGAAUAUGUUUCAGCUUGCAUCAAACCCAUUGCCAAGUCAGGCUUGUGCAAUCGGCCAAAAUGCAAUAGGGCCCUGCGCAGGUUCUUCGACCGGGUUCCUGCUGACUACACACACCAGCUGCUCUUCUGUCCCUGCACAGACACAGCAUGUGCAGAGCGUCGAAGGCAGACCAUCGUACCCAGCUGUUCUUAUGAAAGUGUGGACAAACCUAACUGCAUCACACAGAUGAGGAUCUGCAAUGCUGACUAUGUGUGCAGGUCUCGUCUGGCACAGUUUCAGUAUGACUGUGAACCCUUGGAAACAUCUGCCAAUGGCUGCAAGCAAGGGAACUAUGGAGCAUGUCUCCUCGCCUACACAGGGCUUAUAGGAAGCACGAUAAUUCCCAACUAUGUCGACAACUCAACAUCCAGUGUGGCCCCGUGGUGCUCUUGCUCAGCAAGUGGGAGCAUGAGGCUGGAGUGUGAUCGUUUCCUGGGAUUUUUCACUGACAACAUCUGUCUCAAAAAUGCUCUGAUGAUGUUUGAAACUGAACCAGACCAGCAGUCAACUCUUAGGCAGACCAGCACACCCAGCCACAGCAGGGGAGAGAACAGAAGCAGCACUUCUCAACCAGAAACCAUAGAAACUAUGAGCAACAUUCUGGAUGCAGCAAUGCCAACACAGGUUCUUGGGAAUGAACUGCUGGUAGGCCAUGCCACCCUACCUUCCAGCGGCCACGCAAACUCUGCCUCAUCACACAGCCUGAUGCUUGAAGCUGCCUUCCACAUUGUGUUAUUACUUCUUCAUCUCCUCUCUGGACAAUAAAAGCUGCAGGGAUCUGGCUGAGGACCCUUGGAACAGAUAGGAGUACCAGCUCAGUCCCAAUGACAAUGAACCAUGUGUUAUUAUUCCUCCAUCUAAAUAUGUACAGUGAUUCUGCUUUUUUUAAACAUAUAUAUGAAUAUCUUAUUUUCUAAUUUGCAUCAAAACAACCCUCGUUAUUAUUCACAGUGUGGUGAGCCUUCAGACAAGUCUGUACUUUUGUACAUUGUGAACAAACCGAGCUGAAUUGGAAUCAAAGUACUUCUUUUAUGGACUGUAAGACAAUAUAACACAGAUAUGUGUGCUGCUGUAAAGUGCCAUGAUGUAUGUACCUGUAAAGAUCUGAACAUCUAUAGAAAAUUAUUGCAGAAAUCCUGUGAACCUUGUGUCUACUCUGUCCUAAGUAUCAGCAAGAACCUGGAACCGUUCUUUACAAAACCUUCUGAAAAAGGGACACCAUUUCUAAUCCGUACAGGAACAAUGGAGUAACAGAUACAACACGGACCUACAAAAUGGUCCGAUUUACUGAACAGAUGCCUUCACUGGAAGGACAUAAAAACAAUUAUCACUCACUCUGUCAAGACUGUAUAACUUUGCAGGAGAUUGCUCUGUGAUGAUACUUGGGCUUUAGUGAUAACACCACAGUUUUUAGAAGAUAAAAGUUCUUCAUUUUUAUCAGCAAAGACUCGUGAUUGGACCUGAGAAGCAGUAUGUCUACCUGUCGCUGCUGUGCUUUGUGUUAACGAGUGUAAUGCCUUUGAUUUCUUAUUGUGUUUGUGAACGUUUGCGAUGAGGUGCUCAGAGGUUUUUCAAGACGAAGGAGGUCUGGUCAAAAACAUUCAAUGAACUCUGAAAAGAACCAGAUCAGCAUUACAUAUAAAAGUCACAGAUCAAUACUUAUUUGUAUCAUUCAGUAUUUUAAAAUAAACAACAACUGCUUUUCUUUGAAAUAACUGAAGUGAGAUCUCUUAUUUUUUAGGACAGUGUAGCGCAAAUGAUGGGUUUUACCUAAGCUAGUUAAACAAGGAUUAUGAUGAGGUGAAUUAUUCAAAUGCAAAUAAAAACUGCAUUUACAGUGUUGUGUAGUUUUUGUUAUCAUGUCUGAUUAGUUUUUUUAAAAAGCUCACACUUUGCUCUACUUUAGCAACAGAUUACUUCAGGUUUAAUAAAAAAUAAAACAGAUUCCUAAACAUCCUGCAAAAUAUCAGCACUUUAAGCUUUUCAUGCUGGCGGAGGUUCUCAGUCAUGCAGGUCAUGGUAAUCCAAAAGGGUUCAGAUGAAGGCAACUGGACUUUUGUUUCUUGAGGAUUUUUCGUUUCUCAUCUGAGGAACUUUGUCAAUUCUGACUGGAAAACUGGAGAGUCAAGCUUAUAAACUGUAGCUGUCUAUUGUUAUUUAGACUAACAUCUUUCCCAUGUCCACCAGAUGAGUCUUUCCACAUGGGUAUUCAAGGAAUGAGAAGCAACUCAUUGCAGCAGUUGGGGUUAAAUAACUUGCUGACAGCUAACAAAUAAUCGCCCAUGUAGCAAUUAUCCAAUAGCAGUCCUGUACCUGUUAGCUUAGU